GUGGAGCAGACACACACUUCUACGUCAUCACUGCGCGACUGUCGAGGCUUAUUUACAUCAGUAGAGUAACUGGAACCGCAGUAAAAAAAAACAACAACAACAACAACAACAAACUCGUCCACGUCGUCCGCCUUCUUUUGGGGUUCUUCUUCUUUUGCCACCACAAUGGCGCCGCAGAAGACCGUCCCGUGGUCGGUUAGCGAGGUGACGCAGUUCCUGGUGCUGGUGUCCGACGAGAAGAUCCAAGUGGAGCUGGACGGCACCCGCAACGAGAAGGUGUACCGCGAGCUGGCCCAGCGAAUGGCCUCGUUGGGCUACGAGCGGACCUUCCGCCAGUGUCGCGAGAAGCUCAAGAAGCUAAAGAGCGACUACCGGGCCAUCAAAGAGAGCAGCGGCCGCGGGGGCUCCAGCCGCAAGACCUGGAAGUGGUUCGGACACAUGGACGACAUCUACGGACGCCGCCGCCGCCGUAACCACCGGGGAGGAGACGCCGGCGGCCGCGCCCGGGACGACGACUCCACUUUCCUGGAAGUCAUCAUCGACAACGGGGUUUUGAUGGACAGAAAUAAACCAAUUAACAGUGAAUUCCUUCAAGACUUGAGCCCUACAUUGGAAAGUCCAUCUUUGGAGGAGCCGUUGAGCCCCAAAGGUGACCCUGUGGCCCCUCCAGAAUCCAUGGCCACCCCGUCACAACACUCCGUGGUGGACUCUGAUGCGGACGAAGACGCCGAUGUCAGUGUGCCGGAAUUUUCACCGCCAAAGCUUAAUGGACGUCGGAGGACGCCGCGCGACUCUGACUUGGUGGGCGUCCUGCGCGAGAUCCACUCGGCCGACGUGGUUCACCACCGCGUGGAGGAGGCGCAGCAGGAGCGCGCCGUCCGCCUUCUGGAGCUCCAGCUCCAGCAGCGGGCCGAACACUUCCAGCUAGCCCUGGAAGAGAUGAGACUGUCCAGAGAGACGGAGGAGGCGCUCAGGAGACAGGAGCUGGAUGCCACCAACGCCUUCAACCAGGCCUUCUUGGCCAUGCUCGGGAAGCUGGUGGAGCGUUCUGCCCCGCAGUGACCACCGGGAGUGAAUGGCGUGGACAAAACAGUUGGAACACACACGUGAGGAGGUUGACAAAAUGCUGCAAUGUGUUAGUGAGGUUGACGACCGGUGAUGCUGACAACGGCGUAACGUUCCACCAUUCGAAUGACACAAUGGCGAAACGUGAUUCUCGUGACAAAUUGGUGGAAAUGUUUCACUGACAAACUGGUGGAACGUUCCAGUGACAAAAGAAGCCCCUUUUUUCCCCCCUGUGCGCUGUUCCAGGAUAGAUGCUGUUUUAGGUAUACCAGGAUGACUGACACCUGUCAAACACUUGCGGUUGACGCAAUCUUCAGUUAAUUGCUGCAGUCGAUUCCAACUAAUGGUCAGCCGGCGGAGGAAGUGUAAUACACAAAGGGAACACAAGACGUCAGUGUUGGACUUGAUCGUGACGUGAAAGUCCCAAAAAUAAUUUUAUUUUUUUAUACGUGCGUCUACACUCACCGGUCACUUCAUUAGGUACACAUGCACAAUAACAUCUUGUGUAAAAAUUAAAUCUCGCCUUAACAAAUAUAGUGUUGACUUUUGCUUGACAUGUACCUAAUGAAGUGUCAACUGAGUGUCCAUCUCUGGUGUAAUCGGAAUGUAGAAUAUCUACUAUAUUUAUUUGAUGAUGCGUCUGUCUAUCUUUGUUUCUCCACCAGGCCAAAGUAUGUAAAAAAAAAAAAAAGUAUUGUUAAACAAAUGGAAAAAAAAUUCAGCUUUAUAUGUACAUUAACUUAACACACACUCCAUUAAAUCUGAAUUUAUA